CUGAUUUAGUGUACUCCCAAGGGGAAAAGGAGGCGUAAAUUAUCGAUAACGAACGGAACACCGAACCGUUUGCGCAAUUGCAGUGCUGGUUUAUGACACGCGCUUUUUGGGACAUUAUACGCGGGAAAAAAGCAGCAGCUCUCGCGUAUUUGUUUGUCUAGUCCGUCGUGAGUACAUGAAUGUUAGACUUCAGCACCGUCCCGAGGACAGCGCGCGCUAGCAUGUGUUUUUACUAUAGUAAAACGGUGUAAACGCCAGUGUGUCGCGGAGAUCAGCGCGGAAUGGCGUCGCGGUGGAUCGCGUUCAUCGCUUUACUGUGGGAGUCCCAGUUCUGUGUUUGCCGUGAGGUCACUCUUCCCGCCGGGCCGCUGUAUCGCGUCGCAGGUUUCUCGCUGUCCCUUCCCUGCACCGUUUCGGGAUACGAAGGCCCGCGGACGCAGGAUUUUGAGUGGUAUCUGUACCGGGAUGAUGCUGGGGGUCGACAGAUCGGUGUGGUGUCCACACGGGAUGCAGGCUUUCCGUACGCACCGUUCCAAGGUCGCGUGGAGGUCGGCGAGGUUCGAGUCGAGAGGGAUUCGGGCGACAAAGCCAGACUGAUCAUCCAGAGGCUGCAUUCAGACGAUCAGGGCCGCUACGAGUGUUACACGCCCAGCACUGACACACGCUUCCUAGGGAACUACAGCUCAUCAGUGGUGGUCAAAGUGAUUCCCGACACGCUGCUUAUAACACACUCUCGCAUUCUGAGCGGCCAACCUGUUAUCGAAGGCACGGAGCUUCAGCUGACGUGCGCCGCGUCCGUCCAAUCGGAUCAGCACACUCACGUGUCCAUCACAUUCGGCGUGCGCACCAGCAGGGGGGCGGAGUCUCAGGGACACAACCUGAGAGAGAUCAUUGCUGUCGACCGCGAGCUCCGUGUGAUGCCGGGCCGCAGCGGCUCCUACGGGAAGAGAUACGGAGACGGAGAGAUCGCUGUGGAGAAGCGGAGAGGAGAUGGAGGCCGGGAUCAGUACGUGCUGAAGAUGAGCGCUCUGGUACCCGAGGAUUCUGGGUCGUAUUUCUGUGAGGCUGCGCAGUGGAUCAGAGAUCCGGAUGGCAAAUGGGAACGCAUCGCACAGAGGACCAUGGAGCUCGGGAAUCUCACCGUUCAACCGCUCGCGGACACACUGAGCAUUCGCUCCGUCCCGGAGGGUGAUGUCUCUCUGCGUCCCGGCGCUCCGCUCCAUCUCCGCUGUCAGGUGUCCGGCGUGGGCUCUUGGAAGCGCUCGGCGCUGCUGGUGCAGUGGAUGCGGCGCGGGCCGGCGGGGGGCGGAGAGGUGGAGGUGGUGCGUGUGGAUCCUGACGGUGUGGUGGUGUGGGGUGAUGAUCUCAGCAGGGCUGGAGGAGGCAGCAUGGAGAAGGAGGGCGACGGGAGCUUCUCUCUACACCUGUUCUCCGUUCACCCGUCUGACGCCGGACUCUACCGCUGCGCUGUGAGCGUCAACGCCGGGAGGAAGACUCCAGCGCCGGACAGUCCAGCCACGAUCACACAGAGGUCAGACUGGGUCACUGUCAGCCUGAAGACUGAAGAGGUGCGUGUGUCUGCUAGCAUUGAUCUGCCGCGGCGUCCGCUCCUGAAGCGCGGCAGCACCGUCACGCUGCUCUGUAACGUCUCUGUGGACUCCAGCGGAGCGUCACGCGUCGAGGUGCAGUGGCUCCAGACGCCGUCUCUCUCUGAGGACCGCGGAGUCCUGCUCCUAGCGACUCUGAGCUACGACGGUCUGACGCGCAUCUACAGCAACGGCAGCGAGCUGAGCGUGGACCGUGUGUCCGCCGGCUGCUUCAGGAUGAGGAUCUUCUCGGCCGCUGAGGAGGAUCAGGGACACUAUCAGUGUCGAGCGCAGGUUUGGGCGCAGGAUCCACGAGGAGGAUGGUACAGCUCCGGCGCUGAAGCCCAGUCUGUGAGCGUUCACCUGUACCUGUACGCACGAGUCACUGAUCUGCUGCUCUUACCUCUCGUGAUCGGCGUGUCUUCGGCGCUGUUCGUGGGAAUCCUGAUCAUCGCCACUGUGACGUGCUGCUUCAUGAGCAGACUGGCCAGACAGCGCUCACGCAUACGCAAGUAGGAAGAUGAGAGAGACUCAUGGAAAAACAGUUGCAUUUACACAAACACAUCUAGAUCCUCUUCAAGCUGUGACGUUGUGAAUUGCACGGUUUCUAUUCACUCCACUGUUGAAUAUUAAUUUCUCUGUGCAUUUGCUUGAGAUGAAUGAAAGGACUCAGUGCAGGUAUGUUUAGGAGAACCACUAAUAAUAAUCGCACAGAUGUCCAGCACUGAAAUCACUCACUGAUAUGAAGCGUGCUAAUAAUUCAACUGAAUACUUCUUCGUAUAAAACACUUUUACAGCACUUAUAUGGCAUGCCAUAUUUUUUUCAUCUUUUCACUUUUUGUAAUAGAAUGAAAUGCAUUGAAUAUCCUUCAGUUCCAGGGAAAUGGGAGUGAAUCCGUCUCUAGUGCACGCUUGUUUUUCAGUGACGUGUUCAUAAAGUUACUUCAUUCUUAUGUUCAUUCAUGCAAAUGGAGAAAUUCACUCUGAAAUGUCUGGCUCAGAUUUUACCCUAAAAUGUACAACUUAAAUGGACAUUGUGGGAUGUAUUGGAUAAAUCCAGAACAGCAAAUACCACAAUAAAGUAGUAACUGUUGCACUUAUUGUACUUCAGAUAUCUAAUACUAUGUUAUUUAAUAUAAUUUGUAAUUAAAAGUAUUGAAAAUUUAAAUUUUUACAUUAAAUUUUGAAAUCUUUGGGUUAUAUUUUAUCCCAAAAUAUUUUUUUUGUGCGUGUGUGUGGCAUAUUUGUCACAAUAUUUUUAUUAAGCAAAUUUACAUACCAUUUCCAUUUCUAUAAUGCAUUCUGGCUGGACGUUGUGAUGUGUAUAUAUUAUCUUUAAUUCAGUACAGCAAAUCAUUGUACUAAAUGUACAUAAAAUAAUAAGUAAAAAAAUAUGAUUUUUGUAACUGAAAUUUUUUUUAUUGAAAUUUUUUUUUUUUUUAUUACAGUAAUGAAUAAAAAAAAAUAGAAAAAAAUAAAUAAAAAAUAGAAUAUUGUGGGAAAUGCAUAAAGUCAUCACAAGACCCCCCUUGCCCCUUCUUUAUAUUUUAGGGUCUAAUAUGGCCCGGACAUUUCUUGCUGGAUUUGUGAGAUUCAUCUGAAUACAUGAAAUAAAUAUGAAUAGAAAUUGAAAAUCAUCCCGAUGUUAAAAGCUGAUUUUAUUCUGCAAUUGAACUGUUUUGUGGGUUUUUCUGGGUCCUUCCACUAAACAGGUGCCUUUAUGUCCCUCCUAACAUCUGAAUAACAUCUGAGUUUGUGUUUCCAGGUUAAAAUCUUGUGCUAUUCUCUGCCAAGGAGCAGCAAAUGUCUCCUCUUUAAUCAAUAUUUGAUAUUUCGAUUGUAUCGCAGAAGGAUACAAUGUAACAUGCUCAAACCUGUGACUCUUUUUUUUUAAUAUAGUGAAUUAUUUUUGAAAAAUGUCUAUUUUUAGCAAUCUCACCCACUAAUCCUGUGCCAUAGUUAUAUUCCAGCAUUGAUUAAUAUUUAUUAAUUUAGCUUGAGAUGCAGUUAACACACUCUCUGUUUAGUUUGCUGUAAAAAGCUGUUUCGUAGAACGACCCAUUAGAAGAAGUAGAGUUUUGAAGAAAUGGCUGGAUGUGGUGUUUCUCCAGCAGACGGUAGCUUAGAUAAAUGGACUUGAAUCAUGAUUGUGAUGUUCACACUCUCUCUCUCUCAGUUUGAGGAGAAAGGGAGCGUGUGUUUCACUGCUUAUUUACAGCGUUCAGACGCUGAGAUCUGAUUUAUCCUCUUACUCCACGUGACUAAACGCUGAGAGCUGGAUAUUAAUCCUCGUUUAAUGUCUGAAACCUCUCAUAUGUGUUCAUCUGUUCUCUGUCCUCUUCAUUUACACUGCAGCGUUUACUCCAGAGCCGCCCAAACUUUAGAAAACACAGGACUGUGGGGGAAAGUCCAAAUAUAUUCAGUUGUAUUCAAUUUUGUAAAAAAAUUUUGUUUAUAUUUUUAAUGAAAUUUACUUAUAUUGUUAUUUUUAUUUUAUUUUAAUGCAAAAGUAAAAUGUGUGUGUGUGUGAGAGAGAGAGAGAGAGAGAGCGUGCG